AUGUGGGCGGACAUGAUCGAUGGGUUCCAAAAGUCUGCGUUGUCGGCAAGGCUUGGGAUUCCCAUGAUAUAUGGUACUGACGCAAUCCAUGGCCAUAAUAACGUCCUCGGUGCCACUAUUUUUCCUCAUAACAUUGGCCUUGGAGCUGCAAGGGAUGAGGAUUUAAUGGUGAAGAUCGGAAGUACCACUGCUUUGGAGGUUCAGGGCACCGGAAUGCCGUACGCUUUUGCGCCCUGUAUUGCCGUGUGUAGGGAUCCGUGGUGGGGUCGACGCUACGAGAGCUACAGUGAGGAUACGCAAAUUGUGAGGAGCAUGUCCAAGAUCAUACUAGGCCUACAGGGCUACCCUCCUCACAAUCAUACCAUUGGUUACCCCUUCGUCACUUCUGGGGGAAGGAAAGUGCUGGCUUGUACAAAACACUACGCCGGCGAUGGUGGGACACAAGGAGGGGUCGACGAGUACAACACGGUGACCACAUAUGCUGACCUGUAUCGCAUUCACAUGACCCCUUACAUUGAUGCAAUCGCCAUGGGGGGUAUGGUCAUAUCAGACUGGGAAGCAAUUGACAGGAUGACCAACCCACCCGGUUCACACUAUAAAGAAAGCCUGAAGGCAGCCAUCAAUGCUGGAAUCGACAUGGUCAUGAUCCCUUACAAAUACCAGCAAUACCUCACAUACAUGACGGAGCUUGUGUCGUCCGGCGAGAUUCCUAUCAGCAGGAUUGACGAUGCUAAACAUAGGGAAUUGGCAAGAGAAGCCGUGAGGAAGAGCUUAGUGUUGUUGAAAAUUGGGAAGGGAGAGGAGAAGAUGCUUCCUUUGAGUAAGAAUGCCCCCAAGAUCCUUGUGGUUGGGUCUCAUGCACACAACAUCGGCUACCAAUGUGGAGGAUGGACUGUUUCAUGGAAGGGCACCUCAGGCAACAUCACCAAAGGAACAACCAUCUUAGAAGGCAUCAAGAGGGCUGUUAGCAAGCAGACGCAGGUUGUGUUCCAAGAAAAACCCGGCAAGCAAUUUGUUAACAAGAACCAGGAUUCUUCCUAUGCGAUUGUGGUUGUCGGUCGACCCGUUGUGAUAGAGCCUUAUGUUGACAUGAUGGAGGCAUUGAUGGCUGCUUGGCUUCCAGGGAGUGAAGCUGGAAAAGGGAUUGCUGAUGUUAUAUUUGGGGAUUAUGAUUUCCAGGGUAAGCUUCCAAAGACAUGGUUCCGACGGGUCGACCAGCUGCCAAUGAAUUUUGGGGAUCCAUAUUAUGACCCGCUGUACCCGUUUGGGUAUGGGCUCCAGAUGGGUAUCCAAUCACACAAAAGAGGCUCUGCAACUUCUUUUUCAUCUAUUUGA